AUUUUAAGUUCUUGAUAUCAUCCCAUCCAUCAUCAUGACUCCCACACCCUAAAGCAGCCCAGAUCUCUCCAACUUUCCAAGCUCCCAUCCUUAUUGUGAUCAUUCACUACUCCCAACCCCUCCCUGCCGGCCUUCCCUCAUCUCCCCGCAUGGCCAUACCACUCCCCAAACUCCCCCCAUCCUUGAACCCCCUCUCUCACCCUUCUCCUCCUCCCCCAAAACAAGCUCUCCCCUCUCUCUUUACCACCCUCACCUCGCCACAUCCAAUACUAAGAACACUAAGGACCACCAACGCAUCAAAGAGUUAUCUGCCAUCAGCCGCCAAGGAUGACUCCUUGUCCUCCAUAAUCACCGAGCUGGAAGUCGAGCAAGAAGCCGAGGAAGAGGAAGAUCUCUUUCGGAGCCCCCUCCGCCGUCUUGACGAUGAUCGGCUCGCCGACCGGUGGCGGGAGAUCCACGGCAGCGACGACUGGGCCGGCUUGCUCGACCCGAUGGACCCUCUCCUCCGUUCCGAGCUGAUCCGCUACGGCGAGUUCGCCCAGGCGUGCUACGACGCCUUCGAUUACGACCCCUUCUCCCGCUACUGCGGCAGCUGCAAGUACAACCGUCGGAAGUUCUUCGCCAGCCUCGGCAUGGACAGCUCCGGCUACGAAAUCACCCGGUACCUCUUCGCCACCUCCAACAUAAAUCUAUCAAAUUUCUUCACCAAGACCCAGGGUUCCAAGACCUGGAGCCAGAAGGCCAACUGGAUCGGCUACAUCGCGGUGUCCGACGACGACGCCACCGCCCGGCUCGGCCGGAGAGACAUCGUCAUCGCGUGGCGGGGCACGGUGACGAGGCUCGAGUGGGUGGCCGAUCUCAUGGACUUCCUCCGGCCAGCGGCGUCUGAGGGGAUCCCCUGCUCGGACCCGGAAGUCAAAGUCGAAUCCGGCUUCCUUGACCUCUACACCGACAAGGAUCCAACGUGCCGGUUCUGCAAGUACUCGGCCCGUCAGCAAGUGCUAACGGAGGUGAGACGGCUGGUGGAGCAAUGCACGAAAGCGGGCGAGACGGUGAGCAUAACGGUGACGGGGCACAGCUUGGGGAGCGCUUUGGCGAUGCUGAGCGCCUACGACAUAGCGGAGACGGGUCUCGACGUCGGGGUCGACGGCGAGAAGGUGGCGAUAACGGUGUUCUCGUUCUCGGGGCCGAGGGUGGGGAAUGGGAGGUUUAAGGAGAGGUUCGAGAGCUUGGGAGUCAAGGCAUUGAGGGUCGUCAACGUGCACGACACGGUGCCGAAGGUCCCGGGGAUUCUGGUCAACGAGCACGUACCGGCGUUUGUGAGGAAGUUCGCCGAGGGGUUGCCGUGGAGUUACAGCCAUGUCGGGGUGGAGUUGGCUUUAGACCACAAGAGAUCGCCGUUUCUAAAAGACACCGGUGACCCUUCUUGCUCUCAUAACCUAGAGGCCCACUUGCACCUACUCGACGGGUACCACGGCAGUGGCGUGAGAUUCUACCUGGCGAGCAAGAGGGAUCCAGCGCUGGUGAACAAGGCGUGCGACUUCCUCAAGGACCACCUCAUGGUUCCACCGUUUUGGAGGCAGGACGAGAACAAGGGCAUGAUCAGGGCUCACGAUGGACGGUGGGUGCAGCCCGAGAGGCAGAAAUUAGAUGACCACCCGCCGGACAUGCACCAUCAUCUCCGACGGCUGGGCCUCGACAAAGACCAUUAAGCCAGUGGGGAAUGGGGCAAGGAGCUAAAGAGACUAGAAAAAGAUAGAGCUGAUCACAUUAAUUCUGGUUGCCUGGCUAAUCUCAUACAAGAGUGAGUCAAAGGAUCACUUGGUUCUUACGAUGUGUUUGCGUGGUGUGUUUGUUGAAUUCAUGAGAGGAGUCCAUAUGCUGUCUUAGCCAUUAUCAUCCUGGAUUGUAAUUAGUUGGUGUGUUUUUCACCGGAGAAAAUUAAUGUCUUUUCACUAGAGAAAACCAAAGGAUUUAUAUA